UUCAAGGCUGAUUUCCAGCGAGGAAGCGUCAGAGUGGAUGCCAAAAAAGAGCGGAGCAGCCGCGGACAAGUUCGUGGCGCUGAAAAAGAUUUUUUUUUUCCCCCAGAAAAAAAAGCGCGAGCGGUUCCUUCUUUUUUUGUUGUUGUUGUUGUUGCUGAGGAGCGAGCAGGAGAGGCGAAGACGAGUGAAGUUGCGCGCAGUGUGGCAGACUUUUAGCCGCACAAUUGUUGUGACUCCAGAGGCGCACAAAGAAGCCAAGAAGACGCAGGAGAGGACUAACUAACUCCGCGUCUUCUCCUCUUUUGUCUCCCUCCGCGUUCUUUUGCAGUCCUGCGUUUGACGAAUAUUUUUUAAAGUUUUUUUUUUUUUUUUUUUUUUUUCUCCGUGCGUGUGUCUCCCACCGGCGUGUGUGGCCUUUUUUUGUCGCCGAGAGAGCGAGUGGACGCGCGGGGGGCCGAGAGGAGCCGGAGCCGGGCUGCCCACAUGCUCCAACCACCGGCGUGAAAGUUGACUUCUUCCCGACACGAGAGAACAGGUGCCAGUGAUGAUGGUGGAAUCGGCCUCUGAGACCAUUCGAACCACGCCGUCCGGCCAGAACGGAGUCAGCAGCCUCAGCGGCCAAUCGGACGGCGGGGGAGGGAGAGAAGGCGGGUCGAACGGAGACGUCAACGGAGAACUCAGCCCGGUGGACCUACUGCACCUGCAGCAGCAACAGGCUCUCCAGGCAGCCAGACAGUUCCUCCUCCAGCAGGCCUCUGGGCUCAACUCCCCUGGCAGCAACGAGGUCAAACAGAGUCCCGUGCAGGUGCCUGUAUCCAUGGCUAUGAUGAGCCCACAGAUGAUCACUCCACAGCAGAUGCAACAGAUCCUGUCACCCCCUCAGCUCCAGGCUCUGCUGCAGCAACAGCAGGCUCUCAUGCUAUCGCAGUUACAGGAGUACUACAAGAAGCAGCAGGAGCAGUUGCAUCUGCAGCUUCUGACUCAACAGCAGCAGCAACAACAACAGCAGCAACAACAACAACAACAACAACAACAACAACAACAACAGCAACAACAACAGGCUGGCAAGCAAGCAGCAAAAGAGCUCGGCAGCAAGCAGCUGGCCUUCCAGCAGCAGCUGAUGCAGAUGCAGCAGCUUCAGCAGCAGCACAUCCUCAACCUGCAGAGACAAGGCCUGGUGCCCCUGCAGCCCACCGCCGCCAUGCAGUCCCUACAGCAAGCGAUGUGUCCGUCGGACCUCCAGCAGCUGUGGAAGGAGGUGUCGGGGGUGCCGAGCGGCGAGGAGGCCUUGAAGCAAGCCGAGGGCCUGGACUUGAGCACCAACAGCUCCAACUCUACCUCAGCCUUCCCCAAAGCAGCCAGCGCGCACAUGCCACUGCACAGCCUGCCCAAUGGACAGAGCCAUACCCCAAAGAGAGACAGAGCCAGACUGUUUGAGUGGAUCUCCUCCUUCACCAAGGCCGACAGUGGAGAUGACCAUGGCCCCCCUUACUCCAAAGGCAACCCUGCCAGCCAUCAUGAGGAGCACACCGGCUCCCAUCCUCUCUACGGCCAUGGGGAGUGUAAGUGGCCCGGCUGCGAAGCACUGUGUGAGGACAUGGGGCAGUUCAUCAAGCACUUGAACAACGAGCACGCCCUGGAUGACCGCAGCACCGCUCAGUGUCGAGUCCAGAUGCAGGUGGUGCAGCAGCUGGAGAUACAGCUGGCCAAAGAGAGCGAGCGACUCCAGGCCAUGAUGACCCACCUGCACAUGCGCCCCUCGGAGCCGAAGCCUUUCAACCAACCUUUGAACCUGGCAUCCAGCGGCUCUUUUCUCAAGCGGGACAGCGACCUCUACCCAGAGGGCCUCCCUCACCCACCCACCUCAGCUGCGACCCCCAUCACUCCGCUGCGCCAGGGACCCUCGGUCAUCAGCUCGUCCAGCCUCCACAGCCACUCCCACGCGCACGCUGUCGGGCCCAUACGUCGGCGCAACUCCGACAAGUACUGCACGCCCAUCGCCUCAGAGCUGGCUCAGAACUGUGAGUUCUACAAGAACGCUGAUGUCAGGCCCCCCUUUACUUACGCCUCUCUUAUACGCCACGCCAUUCUGGAGUCCCCAGACAGACAGUUGACUCUGAACGAGAUCUACAACUGGUUUACACGGAAGUUCGCCUACUUCAGGAGAAACACGGCCACGUGGAAGAAUGCCGUGCGCCACAACCUGAGUCUGCACAAGUGUUUUGUCCGCGUGGAGAACGUGAAGGGGGCCGUGUGGACCGUGGACGAAGUUGAAUACCAAAAGAGGAGACCACCAAAGAUGACCGGGAGUCCAACUCUGGUGAAAAACAUGAUUUCAGGCCUGGGCUUUGGAUCCCUAAACGCCAGCUACCAGGCAGCCCUGGCAGAGAGCAGUCUGUCCUUGCUCAACAGCUCUUCCCUGGUGAACCCUCCGUCUGCGGCCAGCCUCAACAUGCUACAUGUGGGCCACGACGACGUCAGCUCCACCGUGGAGCAGGUCAACAGCAACGGCAGCUGCAGCCCCACGCUCAGCCCGCAGCAGUACAGCCACGCGGUGCACGUGAAGGAGGAGCCCACCGAGAUCGAGGAGGACUGUCGGCCCAUCUCCCUCCUGGCCGGCGUCACACACGGCCUGCCGCUGUCGAGCGACGACCGUGACCUGGAGGAGGACAUGCCCACCGACGAUCUGGAGUAAGAUGGAUCCAGGGGGCGGGCUUAGUCAGAGCAGUCUCUGAAGAAGAAACAAUAGCCAAAAGGAAACGAAAACAAGUUUUCUUUCCUUUUUUUUUUUUUUUUUUUUUCGAAUAUUUGUCGUUACGAGCAAGCAACCAAGGAUGACAUUAAGAAACUCCAAGCAGGGUUUGAAAGACCUCCAUCAAGUACUCUUUAACUCGCCGUAUCACACACACGCACACACACAAACACUCUCUCACACACACACACACACACACACACACACACACACACACACACACACACACACACACACACACACACACACACUCCGUCACUUGUCCAAGCCUCCUUCCAAACUUCUCUACGGAGACCCCAAAGAGGUUUGGACCCUUUCUCGAGGAUGGCGUGUAUAUAGCUUUGGAGCAUCUGCCCUGGGGGCGGAGUCUAAGGGGGGCUGUGCAGUAUCCCCCUCCCCCCCCACACACACUUUGGAGUCAAUCAUUUCAUUUACCAAACUCAACUUUUCAGAGAAGACGGACGCUUUCAAAGAAUACCUCGACCUGUGCUCUCUAGGAGGGGGAUGCGCGGCAAGGGGGGUGUGGCUCCUCACUCACGGACAUCUUUUAGGCUUUUAAGUGAGUUAUGAAAAACAAAAAAAAAGAAAGAAGAAGAAGAAGAACACACUGCCACGGCCACUCAAAAAGACUGCAAGCAAAGGAGCGUCCCCGUUUGGGAUGGAAGGAUGAACACUCGUAGACGGAAACAGCCAGAAAUAUUGUGACUAAAAAAAAAAAAGGAACCUGUCGACGAUAUGGAAUAUAACAAGUGUGGUAGCUUUCUUUGUCAGUUUUUUGUUAUGUUGUUAUCAUUCUUUACUUUUUGCGAUGAUUAUUUACAUGUUAUCUUCCUUCAAGACGUUGUGUUUGUUUGGCACCAUUCCUUUCCUAAAGAGUACGAAAGUAAGUAGAAAAACGCAGUAUUGUCCCUUUUCCCGUUCACUGCCAAAGUGUCGCCGGGCUAGAAAUGUGGAGAUAGCACUUAAAACCUUUUCCGUGGGUCCAGACAGGAUUAUUUCCAUCCGCUUGUUUUAUUCCGCUUGUUUUUUUCUUUUAGUCGAGAGAUGUGAGUCAUGCUUUAAAAGAAAUGUAUAUGAAUGCAGUCUUAGAGUACCUCUUCCUACUCAAGUUCCAGAUUGACGGGAAGUAGUUUUUGUAGGACACCAAAACGAGGCUGGAUUCAAAGCGCACGUGUUUGAGGAUCGUCACUUGACUUUUAGACAUUUUUUUAAAAAGCAUUACCUUUCUCUACAGUGCCAUACCAAAUUGAACAUUUGCUUCAAAAAUAUCUGCUUCUCACUCCCGCAUUCUUUUUUUUUUUUUUUUUUACAGGUAACCAAAGAAAUAUUUAGAAAACCAAAAACCCUUUACUUUGUUAUUAUUUUACUACUAUUAUUAUUAUUAGAGUCUCCCUUCUUAUUCUUUAAAAACUGGCCAAAAGACAACAAACCAGAAGUUUUGAGCUGUUUUUUUUUUUAUUGUGAUGUUUAGUUUUUUUCAUGUUUGUUUGAAAGUUGAACAGGACUACAGUUGCUGACCACACCCGCAAACCAAAGUGAAAACUGAAAAAUAGACUUGGAAGCUUUUGUCGGUUAAAAACUGCUCGCAUUAGUGAUGAGGCCAAAUACACAGAGGAGUUUUAUUACACUGAAAAGGAAGAAAAAUGGUUAAAACCACUGCAGAGAAAAAAAUAAUCAUCUUUUCAUCUUGUCAUUUACAAAAAAAUGACCACCUUUUUUAAAAAAAAGUCACAUUUUGAUACAUUUUUUCACCCAAAAUUGUAUUUUUCUUACAAAAGUUUUUUCCAAUUUACAAAUUAUUUUUCUUCACAAAAUCAAAUUAUCAUCGGAUAAUUUUUUACUCAAAAUAUUAAAACUUUAUUUCCAUAAAACGUUACCUUUUUUUUUACAUGAAAAAUGUCGUCACAUGAAUAGCUUUAUUUUAGCAAAAUGACUUUAUUCUGAUAGGACUUACAAAAAUGACUUAAGUCUCACAAAAGUACAACUUUUUUCUUAUAAAAUUCAUUUUUGCAGAACUAGGAUAUUCUUAAAAAAUGCAUAAUUUUUCAUUAAGAGAAAGAUUUUUCCAAUUAAGUCUCACCUUAUUUUCAAUUUAAAAAAAUACAGUUUGAUAUAAGAAGAAUAAAAUAAUUAUUAAAUGGUAACUUAUAAUUCAUUAUAAAUAUCCAUCCAUCCAUUUUCUACCGCUUAUUCCCUUCGGGGUCGCGGGGGGCGCUGGAGCCUAUCUCAGCUACAAUCGGGCGGAAGGCAGCGUACACCCUGGACAAGUCGCCACCUCAUCGCAGGGCCUCAUUAUAAAUAUAAAACUUAUAUUAUUUUAUUCAUUCAGAAUCUUCAGGCUUUAUCCCAUAAAAUAUUACUUUUUUCAUGAAAACUACUACUGUCAUAAUAAGAUUAUGCUUUUUUUUUUUUUUUAGGAAAAUGUCUGACUUGAUUUAGUUAGGACUUACAAAAAUUACUUUAGUAUCACAAAAUCACAACUUUUUUCCUCCAAAAAUGACUUUUUGCAGAAGUCAAAGAUUUUCUAAAUUAACUCUCACCUUCUUUUGAAAAAAACAAAAACAACAAUAACUGAAUCAUGAUUAAAAAAAAGGAUCUAUAUUUUUUUCAAUAUUAUCAGUUAUUUUUUAUUAGACUUUAUUCCCAUGAAAUAUUACCGUCGUCGUAAGAUUAUUAUUCACAUUUUUUAGAACAAUGUCCGACUUUAUUUUGUUGGGACUCACAUUAAAUGCUUUAAUCUUACUAAAAAGAAAUGCUCAUCUUAAAAAAAAAAAUCACAUUUUAAUAAGUUAAGAAUCUUACUUUUUUCAUGACGAUUUAGUUUUUCCAUUAAUAUUAAGACUUUACUCAUGAGUUUAUUUUUUUUUAAUAUCAAGAUUAUUUUUAUAUUCAGACUUUAUUCCCAUGAAAUAAUACAGUCAGCAUUUUGUAUAACCAAAAUGUCUGACUUUAAACCGUGCAGACUCACAAAAAUCUAUUCUCUCAUCUCAUAAAAUUAUGUUUUUCCUCCAAAAAUGAGGACAUUCCCAUAAAUGGCGUAAUAAUAAUGAAGAAAAUUACUUUUUUCCAAAAUGAUCCUCACCUUAUGACUUUUUUCUUCUUUGCAGUGGAAGUACUACUCCUUGGUACACAAUAGUAUUACCAACAUGCACAGUUCCUCUGGCAAAGACAAAGAAAAAGCACUUACAGGUGAAAAGCCUGCGUCUGGUGUCGUCGGACUAAAGUGUGUUCCAAACACGAGCGGGACCAAGUCGUUCCAAAAAUGUGUAGCGACAAGGAAGGAACAGACAUCCAACGCUCACAAAGUUGAUAUUUAUGUACAAGGGCAACAGCCGAGAGACGACGCGUAUCCAAGAAGUUCUUAACUUUUGCACUUCACGCCAUUUUUCUUAUUUAAUUUAACCGAAAAAAGACAGACCAAAAAGAACACUACCUCCUUUUCGGAACUCUGCGAUGUACACUAGGAAGGGGAUUCGUAUGUGGCGGUUUACCUGACACAUGAAAUGUGACGAAUUGGGGGGAUGCACUAUCCACUUUAGUAAAUAUCUUGAAAUGUGGCAAUUCCAACUUUGACCACUGUUGCUAUACAGAGUGGCGCUUUCCAUCAUUUUCUGCAGACUGCAUGGCAAAAAUGAUUUACCCCCCUCUUCCUCUUGCGCGAGAUCCACCCAGGUAUGGGUGACGAAUCCCUUCCCUACUGUAAUUCCUUGUGCAUCCUUGCUGAAUAACCACAACGACAAAUGCCUAAAAUGUUGGUUCUUAUCUGGUCUCCCUAACACCAAAACCGAAGAUCUGAUAAAAAAAACUACCUCGCUCUGGCUAAAAACCAUCAGGUUUUGAUGAAUUGAUCGCACACACACACACACUCACACACACUUACUUCGAGCAGGGGUGUCCAAACUAUGUUCCGUGGGCCAAGUGGAGCCCGCCGGCGUGUUCAUUUUGGCCCGAGAGACGUCAUGAGAUUAAUAAGGACUCUGGCCCCCGGGGAUCCUCCAUCUCAAUUUGAAACAUCUGACAGUAUAUUUGCUGCGAUUUAGUCGCCCUCACGUGGACUUUGUGGGUAAUUCCAAUUAAUGACCAUGAAUUGCACAUUGCAGUGUACACAGCUCGGCAUUUUUAUACAAACAACCUUUCCCAGUCAUGGCGCAAAACAACCAACACAGAAAGUCGACACGUGGUCGCACAUAACACGACCUGCUCACUGAUCUUUAUGGGUAUUGUAAGAAAAAUGUACAAGCACAACACAUAAUUCAAAAUUACACCCGUUCAAAUCCUCUACAGUCAUCCAUGUAUGGCGCAUUUUAACUGCUUGAUAUUUCUUUAAGAAGGUCAUCAAGUAAACAUGGUAGGAGUCAAAUUUUUACAUACUCUUAAUGUCCAUUGGGCGGUAUAGCUCGGUUGGUAGAAUGGCCGUGGUUUAAAUGUAACUUAGAUGUUGUGUUUCACAAUGUAAAGCGCUUUGAGUCACGAGAGAAAAGCACUAUAUAAAUAUAAUUCACUUCAAUUAUAUUAUUUAUUAAUUAUAUAUCCAUUAUAUUAAUAUAUGUGUAUAUAUGUAAAUAUAUGUGUGUGUGUGUGUGUGUGUGUUUAUAUAUAUAUAUACACACAGUAUAUAUAUAUAUACACAUAUACAUACAUAUAGACACAUAUAUACACAUACAUAUAGACACAUAUAUAUAUAUAUACACAUAUGUAUAUAUGCAAAUAUAGUGUAUGUAUAUACACAGUACACACACAUAUAUAUAUAUAUAUAUAUAUAUAUAUAUAUAUAUAUAUAUAUAUAUGUAUAUGUAUAUGUAUGUAUAGUUACGUCAAAGAGUUUGGACACCCCUGGUUAGAGGCUGAGUGGAAAUAUCCAAAGCAGUAAAAAAAAAAAAAAACACACUACUGCGUUGAGUCGUACACGUGGAAGAUCUCGUACUUUAAGGUACACCUGUACACACGCUCACAGGUCUACACGUGCCUAACAUUUCCCGGCACAACACGACGUAUUCUUGUGUAUGAAUAAUUCACGCCGGGCAUUCUUUUCCUUUCAUUUCUGUGUCCUCUUCUUUUGCAGCCCUUGUAAUACCGCUAUAAAGUACUGCUGAAGUACCCGUGUAUGUAUCAUGUCGAGUACUGCAGCUGUCCUGGUUUGAAUGGUCUUUUUCCCUGUUUUCAGUUCUUCAUCGAAAAAAACAACAAAACAAAACGUCUGGGACGCUGAUGAUGAUAUUUUUUUAUUUGAAAUGUAUUAUCGCUAAAGAAAACAGUGAAAAGAAGAAAAGUUAGACCAGUGGUUUUAGGUGAGACCUGUUUGUAUAUUUAUCUUAGCUAGGUCUAUUUUGAUACCUUUUAUUUGUUUUUGUCUCUUGUGUGCGUUUAUAAGGAAAAAAAAAAAGACUAAGAAGUGACUUCAUUAUGUAUCAAUACCUCAGAAGGACUUUUUGUUUUUCCUCCAAGACAGGACCAAAACCUCUGAAAAGGAAACGAGUGUAAGAAUAUUUAGCCUCUUGCUUUAAGAAAAAAAAAAGAAAAAAAAGUGGAGUGACGUUUGUGUCGGUCCAAUGUGGUGACCCCUGACCUCUGUCGUUCCUCAGCCGACCUCUGACCCGCAGAGCCGUCGGUUAUCCGCGGGCAGGAUGAGGGGGCGUGGCCUGAUCCCUGGCGCUAGCGACGCUCCGUCUCGGUACCAAAACGUGGACUUUGCCGUCCGAGGCCAAAGUCCAAACUCUUGAACUGUAACCAAACCGAAACCUUAACCAAAACCGAAAGCGAGCUACUUCCAAAAGGCUUCACUGCUAUCUCUUUUUAUUUGGACGGGCGGACGCGCUGACGUCUCAUUGGCUGACGGUUCAGAUCCACCAGUGGGAACGACCACUCGAGCUCGGGCGAAACCUUAGGAAUGUGUGUACAUUUUUUAGCAGUGACCCUUCGUGUUGUUUACUUUCACUUUAUGCUUUGGAUUAUUUUGUUGCUAUUUCUUGUUAUUUGGACGUGUCACCAGAGUUUUCAAGAGGCGGGGACUGGGCGGUGGCUUUAAGCCCCCGCCACGGGUAGCCAUGUUGAUGCCAGUCACUGCCCUUUCUUUCAUGCUGUAUAAAACACACACACACACACACACAUAUAUCUGUGUAUUUGUAACCUGAAUCUUCUCGUGUCUGUCCAUGCAGACAAUAAAAAACUGUACAGUAGGUCUAGUUGCAUGUAAUCUGUACUAAUUAUUGACAACGGCAUUAUAAAAUGCAAUAAAAUACUUAUUACACUGUC